ACUGCACUGCAACCAGCUCGUGUAAGUGAGGAAAGGAGCACACUGACCUUCCCUGACCUAGCCGCUGGGAUAGAGCAGACUAUCCCAGUUCCGAUAAGUAUCAAAGUUUACAGCAGAAGGUAGGCACUGCCUCAGUGCUUACAGUAAACACAGGCACAGCUUCAGAGUCGCAGCACAAAGACUCAGUAACACAGACACGAGAGAGAGAGACCGCGGCAGCACCUCGCAGAGUACACAACCUCGGGCAGAGGAACUCGGGCAGGAACAAACUCUCACUCAUUAUGGUCACGGCAACCAAGGUGCAACUUCAACUGAAUGAUGAGAGGGGAGAGCUGACGGCAGCCAGGGAGCAUGUGUGUGCAGUAACAAGAGACUACAUCUGUCAGCCCAGACUCACUUACAGAACCAUCUCAGCUGUGAACGGGCCACUGGUGGUACUGGAUAAUGUGAAGUUUCCGAAAUAUGCAGAGAUUGUGAACUUCACCCUGCCAGAUAGCAGUGAGCGCAGUGGGCAGGUGUUAGAGGUCGUUGGAUCCAAAGCAGUGGUUCAGGUAUUUGAAGGAACAUCAGGCAUUGAUGCCAAGUUGACAUCCUGUGAGUUCAUUGGAGACAUUCUCCGUGCACCAGUGUCAGAGGAUAUGCUCGGUCGAGUGUUUAAUGGAUCGGGAAAGCCAAUCGAUAAGGGGCCUGCUGUAGUGGCAGAGGAUUUCCUUGAUAUAAAUGGACAGCCGAUAAACCCGCAGUGUCGGAUUUACCCCGAGGAAAUGAUACAGACCGGGAUUUCACCCAUUGAUGUGAUGAACAGCAUCGCCCGAGGUCAGAAAAUCCCAAUUUUCUCAGCAGCUGGACUCCCGCACAAUGAGAUUGCUGCCCAGAUCUGCAGGCAGGCUGGUCUGGUCAAGAAAUCUAAGGAUGUUGUGGAUUACAGUGAGGACAACUUUGCCAUUGUGUUUGCAGCGAUGGGGGUGAACAUGGAGACCGCUCGAUUCUUCAAAUCUGAUUUCGAAGAGAAUGGCACCAUGGACAAUGUCUGCCUGUUUCUCAACCUCGCCAAUGACCCUACGAUCGAACGGAUUAUCACUCCCCGCCUGGCCCUGACUGCCGCCGAAUUCCUGGCCUAUCAAUGUGAGAAGCAUGUCCUGGUCAUCCUGACAGAUAUGAGCUCAUAUGCUGAGGCCCUCCGUGAGGUCUCUGCAGCUCGUGAGGAGGUUCCUGGAAGACGGGGUUUCCCUGGCUACAUGUACACAGACUUGGCCACGAUCUAUGAGCGAGCUGGGCGAGUGGAGGGCAGGAACGGCUCGAUCACACAAAUCCCCAUCCUCACCAUGCCCAAUGACGAUAUCACCCACCCGAUCCCAGAUCUGACAGGGUUUAUCACUGAAGGACAGAUCUACGUGGACAGACAAAUACACAACAGGCAGAUCUACCCACCAAUUAACGUGCUGCCCUCUCUGUCCCGCCUGAUGAAAUCAGCCAUUGGAGAGGGGAUGACUCGCAAAGACCAUGCCGAUGUGUCCAAUCAGCUGUAUGCCUGCUAUGCUAUUGGGAAAGAUGUUCAAGCUAUGAAGGCUGUGGUGGGCGAAGAGGCUUUGACCUCAGAUGACCUCCUGUACCUGGAAUUUCUGCAGAAGUUUGAGAAGAAUUUCAUUGCCCAAGGUCCCUACGAGAACAGAUCAAUCUUCGAUUCCCUGGACAUUGGGUGGCAACUGCUACGGAUUUUCCCGAAGGAGAUGCUGAAGAGGAUUCCAGGGAGUAUUGUGUCUGAGUUUUAUCCGCGGGAAUCCCGGGAGAACAAGGAGGAAACCGGCACCCACCUUUGAGAGCCCUGAUCCUACCCCCCAACGAACAAAGUGCCCCCUCCCCUCACUCCCACGCACUGAGCCCUGACUCUCACACUUCACCCUCUCUCUCUCCCAAACACCUCCCAUUGUUCCAGUCUUACCCCCUACUCCUCCUAUAUGCUUACCCCCAAACCCCAACCUCUCACACCAGUGCCUCCAGGAACCUCCUCCCUCCCUCUCAUCGCGCCACCUAAAACCCAUACCACCCCCCACAACUGUCACCUUUUACCUCCUCGGGCACCCCCCUUCCCUCACCAACCCAAUCCCCAACCUCAACCCCAGCAGACUUGCCCUCCCUUCACUCCUGCUCACUCUGUCUAGACACAGAACCCUCUCAUUCCCCCUCCCCUCGCACCCUUCUUCUUCCCCACCCUCUCCUUGGUCCUCAGCCCUCCCCUCACCCCAGACCCUCACACCUCCCUCACUCCCCUCCUCUCACUGUCCUCACUCUUUCCAUCCCUCACUGCCCCACUGAGCUAUCAAACAUUUUGCUGCACACUCUCCCCACCCCCUGCAACUCACAUUACUUUGACCCUCCCUCCCUCAAUUCCCUCCCCGACGCUCUUCCCCAAAGCCUUGACCUAAUUUUCCCACAAAUCCCUGCCCCGUCUCCUUGCCCUGUCUGUCUUCCCCCACUCCUCACUGACCAAACCCCAUCCCAACUCCCCACCUACACUCACCUUUACUGGCUCCAUCCCUGCCUCCUUGACCUGCCUGUCUUCUCUCCGCCCAUCCGCUUCUCUAUCCACCUUCUAUCACUGCACACACCAGCUCCCCCAUUUAUUUCAGAGCCACCUUCCCUUCUCCCAUUUCUGAAGAAGGGUCCGGACCCCGAAACAUCAGCCUUCCUGCCCCUCUGGUGUUACCUGGCCUGCUGUGUCCAUCUAGCUGUACACCGUGUUGCCUCGGAUUCUCCAGCAGCAGCAGUUCCUACUGCCCCUGAGCCAUGUGUUGUUCAAACCCAAUCUGUAAAUAAACAAUCCAUCACUUUCUCA